AGAACCCAGACCUGGACCCUUCUAGGCAGGACAGACUUUCUGCAGCUUGAAGGAACCAGCCAUGGAUUUCAAACGUGUGAAGGACUAUUUCUCCUGGCUCUACUAUCAAUACCAAAUCAUUAGCUGCUGUGCUGUCUUGGAGCCCUGGGAGCGAUCCAUGUUCAAUACCAUCUUACUAACCAUUUUUGCUAUGGUGGUAUACACCGCCUAUGUUUUUAUCCCAAUCCACAUUCGCCUGGCUUGGGAAUUUUUCUCCAAAAUGUGUGGCUAUCACAGUACAAUUUCUAAUUGAUCUUGUUUGUAAACUGUGAACUGGCAUUACAUAUGUGUACGUUGCUUACAAUGUAUUAAUUUAGGUGAAUACUGUAGCUUCUUUCACUGUCUCACCUGAAAAGCUCUCUCCUCUCUAUGCACUCUUAUAUCCUGCCUGAAAUUUGAGAUAGAUGUCUCUUUAGGUUCUUUUGUACGUGCUACAUUGUGCAUCAGACCAUAGAUAACACAAUGACCUUACCUCACAUACCAUAUUCUCUCAGCUUAAAUCUAUGACUUUAGAUUUUGUUUUUAAUUGGGAAAUUUCAUAUCAACUUUUUCUGGGAAGUAGGCUCAUAAGAGACCUAUCAGAAUCAUAUUUAAAAUGCUCUCUUGAUACCUAUUCUAUAGUGAAGGAUAAGGAUAUAUUUUUUAAAAAAUUGUUCAUACACUACU